CAAGGACCUUCGAACAACAAAUAGCUAUUCAGAUCGGAGGUCAUCCUGAUAGUGAUUGGUUCAGUUUAAGCAGUUAGUGCGCGUUUUUGUCGGUGAGGAGUCUAUGGUUCUUUCAGUUUAUAAACGUUCAAAGUGAUCACAUGUUGGCAUAAUUCAUUCGCAAAGUCUCAUGUCUGAGCCUGGAAACUUGAGUGAUGAGCCAAUCCUUGACUCAAAAGUAAAGUGUAAUAUCGGCGAACCUUCUCAAGAUGAAAUCGAAGAUCAUCGGUCUAAGCUGUCUAUGAUAGCUGGAUUAUCCGUAAACAAUGACAUAGCUACGCUCAGUACGUCACAGUUCCCCCAAGGAAUUGCAUCAGGACCUUCAGCUCAUCGUCACCGUCGACGACGUAAACGCAUCGGUACAAACAGCACAAGGGAGGAAAGUUCAAAAGCAUUUCCUACAAAUCCAAGUGAACAUGUAAUGUUUUUACUUGGUGAAUGCGAUGGUGAUGAUGAGCAAACACAUCAGUUAUUCUGUGAAUUAGAUGAACUAUGGAAUGACCCAUCAGGAUCAGGUGAAACCGAAUGGCGAGAAGCCGCAAGAUGGAUUAAAUUUGAAGAGGAUGUGGAAGAAAAUGGAGAACGUUGGUCUAAGCCACAUGUAGCUACACUACCUUUAUUCUCUGUAUUUGAACUACGCAGUUGUCUGGCAAGUGGAGUAAUUAUGUUGAAUCUGGAAAGUUAUAGCAUGGAACAAAUUGCAGAUUUAGUUUUAAAUUUAUUAAUAUCCGAAGACCGUUUACCGUUAGAUCAAAGAGAUCUGUUAUUCGAUGUGUUACUACGUCGUCAUGUUCAUUUACAUGAACGACUUCGACCGAAACUUAUUGGUCGUAGUGCAACAAAUCUCCCAUUGAUUCGAUCAUUAGCAGAUAUUGGCAAACGACAUUCAGCAAAAGAUGUUGAAAAAGCUGGAGAAGCACCUUAUACAUCGCUAGCUAAAAUGCCUACAUUAACUGGAAUGGAUUCAUUGGAUCCGGCUACAGCUGCACACAUUACAGCUCAUGCACAAGCACAACCGUCUGGACCAUCUGAAGUAAUGUCUGGUAGUUUACAAGGGAAAUAUGAUUUACAUUUCUUGAAAAAAAUUGCACCUGGAUCAGAGACUUCCAAUAUACUUGUUGGUGAAACAACAUUUUUAACAACACAAAUCACUGUAUUCAUUCGUUUAAAAGAGGCUGUUUUACUUGGUGAUCUCACUGAAGUACCAGUACCGACAAGAUUUCUGUUUAUACAUCUGGGUACUAUAGGUAAUGCAGCUAAAUAUCGUGAAAUUGGUCGUUCCAUGGGUGUACUUAUGUCCGAUGAAGUAUUUCAUGAUGUUGCUUACAAGGCUCGAUCUAGAACAGAUUUGUUAGCCGGCUUAGAUGAAUUCUUGAGCGCUGCAACUGUCUUACCACCUGGUGAGUGGGAUCCAUCAAUUCGUAUUGAACCACCAGCAUCAGUUCCAUCACAAGACAGUAGGAAAACGACGGUCAGUAAUGGCCCUCAGUCAACUGUGAUCCCACCUCAAAUUACUACUUCUGAACCUGGUGUAGCAGUUGUUGAACAACUUCAUGUUGGUGGAGAUAAACUUGCCAGUCUUUGUUUAGCCGCCGUAGGUAAUGCUACUCCACGUAGUCAACAAGUGGAUGGGGUUACCAAACCUAUUGGCCAAAGUGAUUCAAUACACAAGUCAAAAACUGAUCUUGCACGAAGUACUGGCAGUCGUUUAGAAUUGACAAAUAUCGAGUCUGGCGGGGGUUCUGACGACCAUGGUGGUGGUGGUGGGGGUGGGGGUCAUGGAGAUGAUCCAGCAUUAAAUCGAACUGGCCGCAUUUUCGGUGGUCUAGUACAAGAUAUUAAACGUCGUGCACCGCAUUAUGUCAGUGAUUUCACAGAUGCUAUACAUGUACAAUGUUGUGCAAGUUUCAUUUUCCUCUAUUUCGCUUGUUUAACACCAAUCAUAACAUUUGGCGGUUUAUUGGCUCAAGCAACUGGGGGUUAUUUAGGGACAAUUGAAAGUAUAUUAUCAGGUGCAGUUGUAGGUAUCACAUAUUCACUAUUUUCUGGACAACCGUUAACUAUCAUGGGUAGUACAGGACCAGUUCUAGUAUUUGAAAGUAUCAUAUUUAGAUUAUGCACAAAAAUGGAUUGGUCAUAUUUAAGUUUUCGUUUAUGGAUUGGUAUUUGGGUUGCUGUUGCCCUAUUCAUUAUGGUUGCACUUGAUCUGAGCGCAUUAGUCAAAUUUAUUACACGUUUCACUGAAGAAUCAUUUGCAGCAUUAAUUGGUUUAAUAUUUUUAAUUGAAGCAUUAAAGAAAACUUAUGCAAUAUCGAAAAAAUACAAAGUAGAUUUAUCCUGGUCACCGGAUUUAAUCGAUAAACAUCAUUGCGCAUGCUUUCCAUCAGAAAAUCAAACAGAUUUUGAAAGAUUAUCAACAAUGUAUGAAACGCAUCCACUUACACAUAUUCCAUUAGUUGGAUUCAAUUCAACUUUUGAACCAGAAUCUGUACAAGAUUUGAUGGAAAAACAAAUUGAUUGGGAGGCCAUUUCACGUGGUCGUUACUCUUGGAAAUCACAAGAAUAUCAAGAUUUAUGUGUACAGUUGAAUGGUACAUGGAUAGGCAAAAGUUGUCGACCAUUUUAUGUACCAGAUGUGUUCUUCUUUUCGUGUAUCCUAUUUAUAGCAACAUUUGUGUUAGCCUUUACAAUGAAAUCGAUGCGAAAUUCAUUAUUCUUUCCUACUCGUGUACGUCAAUUAAUAUCAGAUUUCUCAGUGGUAAUUGCAAUUGCGAUCGGUACUACAACAGAUUUCUUGAUGAAUUUACACACACCGAAGUUGUUGGUACCAACAACAUUUGAACCAACAUUGGGUUAUAGUAAACGUGGCUGGUUCAUACAUCCAUUCGAUAAUAAUCCAUGGUGGACAUCUAUUGUUGCUAUCGGACCAUCAUUCCUGGCAGUUAUUUUAAUUUUUAUGGAUCAACAAAUUACAGCGGUCAUUGUGAAUCGACGUGAGCAUAAAUUGAAGAAAGGAGCUGGUUAUCAUUUGGAUUUACUUGUUGUCGCAAUUACUAUAUUAAGUAAUUCAAUCCUUGGAAUCCCAUGGUUUGUCGCAGCAACGGUCCUGUCGAUUAAUCAUGUUUUAUCAUUGAAAAAAGAAUCCGAAACAAAUGCUCCUGGUGAACGACCAGUUUAUUUAGGCUGCAGAGAACAACGUAUCACUGGAGUAUUAAUUUUCUUAUUUAUUGGUUUAUCUGUAUUUAUGACUCCUUUAUUAUCACGUAUUCCAAUGCCUGUACUGUAUGGAAUAUUUUUAUUCAUGGGUAUAUCAUCAAUGCGUGGCAUUCAAAUGUUUGAACGUCUUAGUUUACUAUUUAUGCCGGUUAAAUAUCAGCCAGACUAUCCUUAUUUGAGACAUGUUUCUCUACGUCGAGUUCAUUUAUUCACGAUAAUACAAGUUGCUUGCUUAGUUAUGUUAUGGGUUAUUAAAUCAAUUGAAGUACUUGCUAUUCUCUUCCCUAUUAUGGUUUUAGCCAUGUGUUUCAUACGUAAAGGAUUAGAUUUUAUAUUUACACAAGAGGAAUUAAAAUGGUUAGAUCAAAUUUUACCCAGUACUAAACGUAAACCAUUUCCACGUUCAUUAGUCACAUCUGUGCCAAGUAAUAAUGAUUUUAAUAAGAACACGAAGUUUUCAAGUAGUGCGAAUCUUUUACAAGAAAAGAAAAUAUCUCAAUCAGAAGAAAAGCGUAUCAAUAUCACAGAAGAAAUGUCAAAAACAUCUAUUUGGCGCCAAUUAAGUGGUGCGGAUAUAAAUAAUGAGUGUAAAAAGACUUCUAAUAAAUCGAAAGAUACAAAACCUAGUAGUGGGAGUUCAGCAAAAACACGACAUCGUAAAGCGAAACACUUUUCGUCUACAUCACCGUGUGAGGAUGAUGAGGAUGAAACACUCAGAACUGAAACGAAUCAUUUAUCCUAUAAUUCUACUACGACUACUACUCCUGGUAAUAAUAGUAAUAAUAAUAAUAAUUCCGACGCUAAUGAUCAACAUGAUCAAUCCACAUCAAAUUCACCAUCUGUAGCGUUCCCGACAAAACAGCAACAACCAGUUCUAUUCUGCAUUGAUCCCAAGGAUACAGUAAAUAAUACAAAAGGACAAACUAUUAAUGUUAAGGAAGAUAGAAAUACUGAUAGUUUACCAUUAUUAGAUACACCGAAAAUUAUGAUAAAUCCACCAUCGAAUCAAGGAUCACCGGAAACAGCGCAUAGACGACAACAACAUCAUGUACAACGCAUUUAACAAUCUCAAUUAUAAAGUUGACGAAUUGAAAAGGAGCAAGUAAAGAAUAGGUUUUUUCUUUUCUCUCUUAGAAAAAAACAGUUCCUUCUACUAUUGAUGGUUUUAUAUGAAUUGCUUCCCACAUUUUUUAUUACAAUAAAAUUUCUUGUGUGUGUAUGUGUGUGUUGGUUGGUCUAUGUGAAUGCAUGUUUAUGUACAUGACUUCAAGAAGAAAUGACAAAAGACUACUGAAAUAAUCUAAAACGCGCAUAUACAUAUACAUACAUAUGUAUCCGUAUACUUUCAGAGUACAUUUUAAUCAGUCUUUCCACCUUUCCACUUCCUAAAUUUAUUCACUGAUUAUCGAUAUUGUAUUGGUAAGGAAGAAGAUUAAAGCUGAAAAAACAGAAUGUAUCCAACCAAAAUUGUCGUAAGCAAAUGCCUAACAAACCUGCAUGAUUUGUGUAUGAUUCUUCCUAUUAUUAUUAUUAUUAUUAUUAU